AUGGCCCUCACCAGCGCAUCUCUCGCCGCCCCCACACAACCUCACCCCACACCCCAACUAGAAGACCUCCAAUGCCGCUGCCUCACCUUCUCCACCAGCCGCACCCCAACCCCAUGUUCCUACCAAGAGCUGCUCACUCUAGACUGGGAAGCCGCCUUCUCCCUCUCCAUCACCAACGCGCUCCCCAUCCAAUUCGCCAGCCAAACCACCAUGGACACCUUACUCGCUAUCCCCAAGCCCCUCCCACUCAAUCUGCUGCAGAGUAUGCAUGAGGGAGGGGAAGUUAGUCCCCUGGAUCCGAGCAGCGGGGUGACGAGUGAGAAUAGGGUUGUGUGUGGGUUUGGACAAGAGGUUGAUGGGGUGAGUGGGAGGGGGAGGGGAGGCGUCGAGCAGGAGGUGCAUUAUGUGGGGACGGUGCUGGGGCUGUUUAUGUUGGCUACGAUGGUUUGGGUUGCGGGGGAGUGGGUGUGGAUGAGGUGGGUUGCUGACAGCUUGUGUGAAAGAGACCUUCAUACUGACAUCUGGCACAGGUUCUUCUCGAGGACCGGAGCUAUCAUGCUGGAGGGCGAUGAGAAGGCUCUAAGAGCCGAGUUCGACGCUCUGACUGCUGAGGUCGAGGCCCUGACCGCUGAAGUCAAGGCUGAGACGAGGAGGAUGCCUACCGACUACUCUUGA